AAAGACAAUAAUUGUCGAACUAUUUUCUUUUGUGUGCAAUUGGAGUGCGGAAGUGCACAAAAUCAUUAGGUCGUUGACCCAAAUUUGGUGGCAAAGGUAUGUUGGUAGCUUAUCGAAGUACCUUCCACACAACACAGAGCAGAGAGUACCAUUGGUGUAGUGAGAGGUAGCCAGAGACGUACGGUAUCGCGACGCAAAGUCAUCGGCGGUUUCAAACAUCGUUUCCAGUAAAAUUCAGGAUUGAUUCAUGCAUUUCAUUGCGAGGUUUUAUUGUUUGAAUGUAAAUUAAGACUACCGAUUUGUGAAAUACACAGGUAACGCUUUCAAUUGUGUAAUAAAACGGGCGAUUUAUAUUUUUUAGUGCUAGGCCAGGCUUAGCGGCUGUCAUCAGCAAGACGUCAUCAGCGUAAGCACCACCAUCAGGGGUUGGUCAACUUGAAUUAACCAACAUGGAUCCAAAACAUAUUGUUCAUGUACGGGGUGAUUCGGAUGUCGAUUUGGAAGAUUUAUUCAAUAAAUCGUUAAAUCCUCGUCAACUCGAUCAAGUUAAACAGCCACAUAUUCCAUGGACCAUGCGUAAUUUACCCAAAUCAUUUUACCAAGAACCAGAUAUUAAGCCAUUGCAUUCAAGGGAAUCAAGUGCUGACAAUUCGUCUAGGUUAUUUGGUGUUCAUGUUGUACAUAACAGAGCACAUUCAUCACCGGCACAAAUGCAAGAGAUUGAUCGCAGUACGCAAGAUCAACAUACGCACUUACGAGAACAAAGUAUUGACGUAACCACAGAUGAUAUGCCGUUGCCCCAAGGAUGGGAGAUGGCGAAGACGCCGCAGGGACAGCGAUAUUUUUUGAAUCAUAACACACACACAACUACCUGGGAAGACCCACGUAAGAAGAUGUUGACUAGUCAACUGAAAGCCAGUCAACAUGAACAUAUGAUCUUACAACAAAAUGGUAACAGCAUCCUUCCACAGAACGGCCCGAUGCCGGAACUUGGAAGUCUGCCUGAAGGCUGGGAACAGGCUUGCUCUAAUGAUGGCGAGAUUUACUUUAUUAAUCAUCUUACAAGAACAACCAGUUGGCUAGAUCCAAGAGUCUUAAAAGCGCUCCAACAGUCACAGUCGACACAUGCCCCCACGGCUCAACCAGCUCAACAAAUGGGUCAGUUGACCCCUCAACAACGACAGCAAAAAGUAAGGCUACAGCGAUUGCAACUGGAGAGGGAGAGGUUACGAAAACGUACACAACAGAUUCUGCAACAGGAGAUCCAGAUUCGAAGAGAAAUUAAUGAUGAUGAUGAAGUGAACACAGGAAGCACGGCUGGACUGGAUCCCUUCCUAGGACACAACCGGCAGGAAAGUGGAGACAGUGGAUGCGGCAUGAGCAAUUACAGUCAUCCGAGAACUCCAGAUGGCAUCAUCACCAACUUAGAUGAAAUGGAGACAGACACUGUUGAGAAGAAACCCGACCUAAAUUUACACAUCAAUAACAACACGCACAGAAUGCCACCGGAGUUCCUCGACUCCAUGCCAGGUACUAGUGUAGACAUAGCAUCCAUGGAAGCACCAGAUUCGACGCAAAUAAAUAUGGAAAAUGAUGAUUUACCCAGUUUACCUGAGCCGUUUAAUUCCGAUAUUUUGACGGACAUGGAAGCGGACCUGUUACCAAGCAAAAUGGAUAGCAUCCUGACAUGGUUAUAGGGUAACUUAAAAAAAAAAAUCCCUAUAAUAAAAUUACUUUUGUAUUAUACUAUUUUAUAAGAAAUAUGGGGAAAAUGAGAAGAGACAUUAUAUGGUCGUUAAUUAUUAUUUGAAGCUGAUUAUUAAUGGUAUUUUAACAACCAGACAUAAUCAGUUUUAUAAAAUGAUUUUUAAUGUUACUUGUUAAAAUGUAGAAUUGAGCUGAAUCCAUUCAGUGAUUGUGGAUAUAUUUUCUAUGCAAAUUAGGAUUAACCUUUGACAUAUCUGAAGUUUUAUUUGUUUUAUUUCUUUGAUGGAUUUGUACAUCCAGACAUUGUAAUUGAUCUUGUUUUUCUUUAUUUAGUUAAAAUUGUUUGUAAUAACUGUUCAUACUUAACCACUUAUUGAAGUGGGAAUGUCAUGUUUUGUAAUUUUAUAUAUGUAUGUUAGGCCAAGUUAAAGAUUUGUUUAGUGUUCCUCCCCUAAUCAGACAAUGGCCAACUUCCUUUUUUGCAAAUUUCUGAUGAUAGUCAGAAGCCAUGUUGAAGGAACGUUUGGGUUUUGACAUUUUAAAGAAGCCUCGUGCUGACAAUUUUUGAAGGAAAAAAAAGGCGAUAAACAAUUGAAAAAAAUAGUAUGGUGUCAUACUCUGAUUUUAAGAGUUUAAAAUCUGUAUGAAUCUACAUGCUUUAUAAUAUCCAAUCCCAAGAUUAUAGGGUUUUUCCAGGCAUAAAAAACCAGUGUGAGCCAUCCAAAAAAUGUCUUGGAAAUAGCUGCUUUGAGUCUAAAAUUAGCUUUAAAUGUAAUAUCAGUUACUAAUACCACCAUAUCACCCUUGAAAUAAAUUUACAGGUAAUAUGUAGACUCCAUUUCAGAUGUUGUUACUUGCUAUACGGAUAGACGUCUGGACUUGGUGCCUAUGUGAAGCAGCAAUACUAAAUAACAAUAGUACUAAUAUAGAUUUUUUCUGUAGUUAUUAGAUUCAUCUUGUAGUUAGUAUUAAAAGUGUGUAUGGUAGCCUGUUAUUUUCAUCAUUUCCAUCCAGUGAACUGUAUCACCUUGAAAAGUAUGCCCUUGAAAGACUAUCUUGACCUUUGUUUUCGGUAAUUAUUUAUUUAUCUAUUGAACUAAUUAAUGCAAUAUUUACGCAACAUUAAUUAUGCUUGCAAGGAGGAGUUGAUAAAUAUUAUGCAAUGCAAGCACUAAGAAACAGAUCUGCAUUUUAAAUACUGAUCAUUUAAUCCCUUGAAAAUGAUAUUUUGUCCCUCAUUUCUAUUUGCAUUUUCACACUCUUAUUUGCCUAGAGUGUCAAUAUUUCAACAUGCUUAUUAUCUGUUGCAAAGUGUUAUAUGGAAACUGUCUGCUUAUGUAGAGUUGAUGUAUUAGCUUUCCUCCCCCUGCCAGCUGUUACCUUGUUGAUUAUGUGAUCUGUUUUCCAGGUGCAGUUGUCUGUAAUUUGACUCCAAUUCAAGACCUUUUUGCAGCUUCUUUCUUCCAGAAAGGUCACAAGUACCAUCGCUAGUUUCGAUGAUAAGAUCAACUUUAAUUUCCAUGCAUGUAAUUAACUUUCUGUUGUUACUUUUCUUCUGCCAUAAACAAUGAGAUAUUAGCCAAUGAACAGUAUCAAAGUCAUCAACAUUUCUGUAAAUAUGAAAUCUAGCCCUCAACAAACCCAUUCAUCUACACAAUUCUAUCAUAUUUUUACCACUAAACCAGCUAUUUUUCUUUUAUAAAAUUGUUUACAAUUUUUUUGGAAUUUUGGAACAAUCCAUUAAAGUUAAACCUAAUCAACGACCAUUCUUCAUUGACAAUAUUGCCCAACCAACAUUUUCCAAUUUUUUUAAACACCUUUUUCAUUUGUUACCACAAAAAGUUUUACAUCAGUGGAAGUAAAAAAUAAGUUUUAGUUGUGGUCUAUAAUAAUGGGUUUCCAGCUGCUGUCAUGAUGAUGACAUGGUGUUUUAUGACAACAAUAUAACCAAUCACAAGCAUUGCCUAUAAUAACAUCAGCUCUUAAAUCUGAUAUCUAUGGGAGCACAUAGGUGCCACUAACAUCCAACUUAGGAAGUCAAAAUUAAACAACUUUUAAUAAUGAGUAGGUAGUUUUUUUGAAAACUGUAAAAAUAAGUGUUGUCAUCCUUAUAAUUCUCUUGCUCAUACUUUACAUCAAAUUAAUAUCUGAUACUUUACCAAAUUUUCUUAAUUUGUCUCAUUGCGUUUUAUGUACUAGCAUGGCCUAUUGUACCUUUAGGCUUAGGCAGUCUGCUCUACUUUGAUUUGCAAUUAGAAGUUUCCUUGGAGAAAACUUAGAUUCAGUUGACCUGUGACAUCUUGAUGCGACUGAAUGAUGACCAUAUAUGGGUGGAGUGUUGGCAGUAGGUGGAUGAGAAGUUGGAUGAUGGUGAUUCUGCUUCUCACAUCUGUUGUGCAUGGCCAAGUCUAUUUAGCAUUGUAACACAUCAACUGCGUCACACUUGAAACUUGAUAUGAUGUACCCAUGGUAUCCAGUCGACUAAGAAGUAAACAGCAAUGCUUUUUAGAGUGAACUGCGCUAGAUAAUAAACUGCGUUAGAUAACAUUGAACUUAAGGACUUAAGUUAUUAUGUAUCGUAUAAAUAUGUGGAUAAGCGGAAUAAACAACGUUAUACCUUCUCUGCAAGGCAUCAUAGUUGAUAGAUUUUUUAAAAGUCAAUCUAUUAAUAUGAAAGCCUUUCGCUUACUUUAUGGUGUAUGAUAUACAGUAUAAGAUAUUUACAAAAUAUCAGUACAGAAUUUCAAUAUUGAUAUUCGGAGCCAAAAAUAUUGUAUUUUAACUUUAUACAAGGAUUAUACAUAUGUACGAAAUUUCUUUCGUCUAAUUCAGAAUGUAUCAAAAUGGUGUCAUCCAGUUGUUAAUUAGUAAUACCUGGCUCUCAAUUAUUGAUUCGAGUAUCGCUUCCACAUUUAAUAUGGAGCAAAGAAAAACAAAUGACAGGCAGGACUCAGAUGUUGUUUUAUGUUUAAAUUUAGUUCAACUCUUUUCGUAUUAGUAUUUUACUUUCUACUGGUUCCAACACUACAAUUUUCUUUAAAAUUUUGCUCCGUCUUCCCAUGAUUUACAGUAAUCUUUCCAAUAUUGUGUAUUUCUUAAACUUUCAACUGUUUGCUAUCCAUUAAAAUUUUCUUUACAAGUUCUACUACUUACAUUCAAUCUUAACAAAAUGCUUUUGUCUUUCUCUACUCUCUUUUACAAUUUGUUUUUUUCUUUUUUCUUCACUCUGUUUGCAAUAUUUUACUUUAAAACUUUCUCCAGUCUUCAUUUUUUUUCACCUUCAACUAUCUUUUUAUACCAGCAGUCAAUCUUUCCAUGAUUACAGAAAUGUUUUUUUUAAUUAUUAUUAUUAUUUGUACUUUUAUUCCAAACAUCUUUCCCUUUUCGUGGUCAUUUUCGUAAAAAUAAAUAUUAAACUUUAUAAUUAAUUAUUAAACACAUGCAUUGGUCUGUUUUAGUAAGCCGUGAAGAAAACUACACUUAAGGCAGAGUCAUAAAUAAACGGUAUAAAUAUGACAAUGUUCCAUGCUUAAGUUAACGUCUACUUCUGUUUAAGCACUAAAAGAUCUAAACACCAUUCAGUAAUUAAUCAUUAAAAUCGUGUAUGCAAGUUGCAGCCGCCUUCGAGGCCAUAAACAACGCCUCAAUAAAACAUGGCAGAAUUUCAACUCCUAAAACCUUAAAGAUUAGCAAACCAUUUCCCAUAUUCAUAUUUUAUUCCAUAUUUCGAUAUUAUGAUUGUUACUUAUAGUGAGACCUUUACGAUACUGCAGAAUUCAAGUUUUCAGUGAUAAUUUACAGCAAUAAAUGAGAGAAAUUUGUCAAAGAAAUUUGCGUUUGAUUUAUGGAAGGACGUUUCAAAAUAAUAGUUUUUGGUACAUAGAUAAUCUAUGUUAUUCCCAAAUCAUUCAUUAAUAUAUUACUGACUCUGAUAUAAAAAAAUAUAACUUAAUCCAAGUUUAACACCAAUUUCAUAUUAAGAAAUUGCGUGCAUUAAAAUGCUGUAUAAAUUUGCACUAACGUACCCCUAUCUUCAAUAACUUUAAUGAUGCUUUAUGUGUGAAGAACAAUAAAAUCUGUUUUUAAUGUCUUGUAAUUUCUUUAGUAAUUAUUUUAAUAAUUGUACAUUGUUCACUAGAAAUAAUUAAUGUAUAACUUUUAACUUGAUGAAUGAUUUAAGACUAGCUAGCCUACAAUCGACCAUAUCUGAAUUCAAAGUUCUAACACAAUGGAAAGAAUGAAAUCCGACCCAAAUUUUGUUUUAUUUUCGCUAUGUAAAUUUUCCAGAAAUGUUGCCAAUUGUUUGUGUGCAAUCAAAAAGGUUCACAGAUAAAUGUAUGAAAACAAGAGAAAUAUUUCUUUAGUGGAAAUUUCCUUUGGCUACUGAGGCAGACACCUCAAUUUUGUAAUCUUUCUUGAGACCUUGAGUUGUACUCACCCAAGGCAAAAACCAUAUGGUUUGCAUCAUGACAACUACUUCAUAUUUUGGAGCAGGAGGGUGACACUUAUGGAAACUGCAUACCAUCACACACAACCAAAGCCAAUUUCUUUAUUUCCUAAUCCAGCUGGGAAGGCAGCUAAUCAUACUGAAGUCUCCAUUUUUUGUGAUUAAAUAUCCAUUUUCUUUGAGCUCUGAUUUCUUAGAAAAACUUUUUUUUUUCUUUUUCCCCCAUCUUUAAGCUUUGAUUUCUUGGAAAUUAUUUACCCCCAAACUCAUGUUUUUUUUAGAUUGCAUAAGAACAGUGAAGUAUCUUUGAUUUCUUGGAAAAACCGGUCUUUGAUUGCUACUGUAUUUUUUCAAAGAUGGAUCUAUUAACAGACCUUACAAAUUCUUAUUUCUUUUCUUUUUUCAGGAUGUUUUCCAAAAUUAUAUUUGGUCAUUUUUGUUUCUGGUAUUAGUUAAAUCUUAUUCAAUUCAUUUUCAAUUGUUUUCUGUCAGUUGAAGGUACUGAAUUUUUAUUUUAAACUUCAUUUAAAAGUUUCUUGAACUACUUAGCUGUAUUGAUAUAUGGAUAUUUUUUGGAACAUUCAAAUUCUUGGACCGGAUGAUGUUUACAUGUAUGGCUUGCUUUCACCAUGUGAUAGAAAUUGUUCAUAAACAAUCAAUAAUCAAUAAAGCCUUGAUGUUCUGUUUUUAUUUAUAAAGUUGGUAUGCCAACACAUCAAAAACUGAAGAGUGCAUGAAAUUGAAUGCGGUUUAAGAAGAAAUAGUCUUUUACAAUAAAAUAAUUUUUAACUGUACACCAUUCUGUGGUUGUUAUUUGUGCUGCACUCUACAUACGGUUAAUUUCAUGUUCAACAGCGUCCAUUGAAUUCGAGAGUCCUGUAAAUAAUGCAUGUUUGCUUUCUUCCAUUUGUCAAUCUGAUCAGUAACAUAAUUUGCAAGCUGUCCACAUAAUCUAUUCUUCCAAACACUAGCAAUAAUAAUAAAUAACAAUUAAACAUCAGUUCUUAUAAAUGUAGGACACUUCCAAUAGAGCUUUACAAUAUUGUUAUAAAAUAAUUUUAUAAAUAUAAUUAAUAUAUAAUAUAUUAAUUAUUGCAUGAUAAUUAUAAUUUUAAUGUUUUAUCAGAAUUAUAUUUGUUAUAAAAAUAAUUGUAUGAAUAAUUAUAUUGUAAUUGCUCUUAUUAGGAUUACCAUAAUUGAUUUAAUUUAUUGUAAAAUAAAAAAUAGUAAUCGUAACUAUGAAAUGUAUGUAAAGAUGAAAACUGUCAAGAAUUGUACCCCAAAAUCAGAUGAAAAUAGCAGGUGUCCUGUUGUGUUUUAUGCUAAUUUAUUUAGAUUAGGUAAUUAGCUAUGCAGUCUUAAAAUAGCGUGCAAGUUAACUAUAAUCUCUUAUGAACCUUGAUGCAAAGAAAAAAAAUCUUCCGUUUACAUAAAAUAAGAUGGAUUUGUGUUAUGUCUGAGGAAUUGUUGUAUUUUUAUUUGAUUUAAAUAUUAAUUUUAAAUAAGAAAUUGUUUUGUGAUGUAAACAUUUUGUUUUGUUUGUUUAUGGGAUCAGUGAGUGUAUUUUUCACUGGUAUUCAAUGAUUCUGAAUUUUGUUGUAAAUUAUUUUUUCUGAAGAUUUGCAAUGUUUGAAUGAAUUAUGACAAUUUAGUCUUUAUACUAACAUUGCCGAUAGUAACAAUACACGUGUCAAUUGCAUGUUUGUGUGCUAAUGGUUAUGUGCAUGUGUAGGUUACAUGUAUUUACCACUUCCCUUGUGCCUUUUGUACACUAGAUUAUGUUUUAAAAGGAAAAAAAGUAAACUCCAUAGUGGAUCCUGUUGUGGUGUUCAGACUCCAGGGCUAGAUAUUAUACUGAUAAAGGGUCUGAUAGUGUAAUUGUAAAUAAUUUAGUAUUUUUAUAUGUCAGUUUGGAAUUUGAUAUUUUUAUAUAUCAUUAUUUUAAGUGGUAGGUAACGCUAUUUUUUAUUUUAGGUUGUAUUGUCGUGACACAAAAAAAUCCCUUAUGGUUAAAAAUAUUAUAAAUUCUGGAGACUACAAAUAAUGCAAAAAAAUGUCCAUAUUUAAAAUGAGAAAGGAGUGUGUUUUAAUAGGUACUCCACUGAUGUGUAUUUGUUCCAUUUAUAAUCAGAGAAAUUAAUCCCAAUUAGUAGCUGAAAAAAUGGUUUGGUUGGUCAAACUGAAUUGCUGUACUUAUUAUUUUUUACAAGUAAAUGAUUGAGAUUUAUGAUAAUUCUUUCCUAAGUAGAUAUCUCCUAUUGCAAUAAAUAUAUGGUUUUUUGGUAUAGAAUUGUGCAAAGCAAAAUCUCCAAUUACUAAGAAAUUCAACUGAAAAUUAAACCAAGCCAAUGUAUGAACAAUACCCUGUUGCAAUAAUGCAGUACCAAAAGUCAAAAUUUAAACUUUUAAAGUAUAUUGUAGUACACAAGGGUGUCUUCUGAUCUACUUUAAUUCUUCCAAUUCAAUAACAAAUUUUUUUUAAUAAAAAUAUUUUUGUAGGGUUUUUCUUCACAUGAUUGUGAUUCAUUCAAUUGCUUUAGUUUGUUCAAAUCUUGUUUCACUGUAAAAAAAAAAAAAAAAACCUCGCCAGGAGACACUCCUCUCUAUAGAGGGCAGUAGUUAGUGUAGGGAAUGUACUUAAAAGAUGAAAAAUAAUAUCCAACUAAUGACUAUAGGAAUUACCAAGUAUUAAAUAAAUCAACAAUAAAAAAAAAAACAUAGUUCAAGUGUUGCCUGUUUGCAAAUUGAACCUAAAUUGGAGCAAUUUAUCCUACCAAGGUCUACAGAAAAAAAAAACUCAAAUAGCAAAAUCUUGAUAUUGUUGAUGUAUAUUGUUGGUAAGAAGUCUUUGGAAAUUUUAGUACAGUACAACUAAAAAAUGAUUCCCACCCCUGGGGUGGAGAUCUAUGAUGAGGGUUUCUUUGUAUGUGUAUGUACGUGUUUUGUAGUUGUUUUGUCUUUUUAUUUUAUAGUUGUAAUUAUGUUUGUGAUACUCGCAUUCACAAAUUGAAUUGUAUUUAACAGCAAUGUAUUCAGCGAUAAUAAUGCCUAUUGUUUUUAAUUUAAUAAGAAUAAUAGAAUGCUUCAAAAAAAUAACUAGUAGAAUUGUAUUUAUUAUUAAAUGCGUUUAUGAUUUUAAUUUAUUUUUUGAAUUAGAAUUCUUGUACCAAUAACAUCAACACAUAAUUAUUUAACGUACUGAAUUAACUAAAAUCAAGUUUCAAAUUAAAAAUUGUGUUUCUAUUCAUGGUAUCAUCCAACUUAUGAUUUAAUUUAUGCAAAUUAUUAUGCAGAAUUUAAUUUGGACCAAAUCUAUCAAAGGAAAUUUGUAUAUACUAUACUGUAAUACAUUGAGGUUGAUGAGGCAUGAUUAAUUUGCAUAUUCCAGCAACACAUGUGUUUAAAGAUUUAAAAAAAAAAACAGUAAUAUUUGAUCAUGAUUGGUUGUCACCUUAAUUUGAAUAAGCAUUAUAUCUUCCAAUAAAUA